AUGUCUAUUCCACCAUAUUUACUGGGUCCAAACCCAUGGGCCACAAUGAUGGCCCAACAGCAGGCCCAUGCCCAACUAGCUGCUGCCCAAGCACAUGCACAGGCAGCUGCACAAGCUGCUCAUCAUGCUCAUAUGCAGGCUAUAGCUGGGCCACCAUUGCCUCAGAUGCCCAAACAACCAGAAGUCUUAUCAGAAGACAAACUUCAGGAGAAAGCGCAAAAAUGGCAACAACUGCAGUCAAAGCGGUUUGCGGAAAAGAGAAAGUUUGGCUUUGUGGAUGCCCAAAAAGAAGAUAUGCCAGCAGAGCAUAUAAGGAAGAUCAUCAGAGAUCAUGGUGAUAUGAGCAGUAGAAAAUAUCGACAUGACAAGCGUGUUUAUUUGGGAGCAUUGAAAUAUAUGCCGCAUGCAGUUAUGAAACUGUUGGAAAAUAUGCCUAUGCCAUGGGAACAGAUAAGAGAUGUAAAGGUUUUAUAUCAUAUCACGGGAGCUAUUACAUUUGUCAAUGAGAUUCCUUGGGUUAUAGAACCUGUAUACAUAGCUCAAUGGGGCACCAUGUGGAUCAUGAUGAGACGAGAAAAGAGAGAUCGUAGACAUUUCAAAAGAAUGAGAUUCCCACCUUUUGAUGAUGAGGAACCUCCUCUUGACUAUGCAGACAAUGUUCUGGAUGUUGAACCAUUAGAAGCUAUACAAAUCGAACUUGACUCGGAGGAAGACGAAUCUGUAGCGUCAUGGUUUUAUGAACACAAGCCAUUAGUUGGGACAAAACACGUGAAUGGAUCCACGUAUCGGAAGUGGAACCUGACAUUACCACAAAUGGCGACGUUAUAUCGUUUAGCCAAUCAAUUGCUGACCGAUCUGGUGGAUCAGAAUUUCUUCUAUCUCUUUGAUCCUAAGUCGUUCUUUACCGCGAAAGCCUUAAAUAUGGCAAUCCCCGGAGGACCGAAAUUUGAACCAUUAGUGAAAGACUCAAAUGCUGCUGAUGAAGAUUGGAAUGAAUUCAAUGACAUAAACAAGAUUAUCAUCAGGCAACCUAUUAGAACGGAAUAUAGGAUUGCGUUCCCUUAUUUGUACAACAAUAUGCCACACUUUGUGCAUCUAUCAUGGUAUCACGCGCCGAAUGUUGUGUACAUAAAAACUGAAGAUCCUGAUUUGCCUGCCUUCUAUUUUGAUCCGUUAAUCAACCCGAUUUCUCAUAGAAAUUCGUUGAAGACGAUAGAGCCACAAAUCGAGGAUGACGAGGACUUCGUUCUACCGAACGAGGUGCAGCCGUUCCUCCAGGAGAUACCACUUUACACAGACAACACAGCGAACGGAAUAGCUCUGUUGUGGGCGCCGAGACCGUUUAACACGCGUUCUGGGAGGACCAGGAGGGCCAUCGAUAUUCCACUGGUUAAGUCUUGGUACAGAGAACAUUGUCCGCCUGGCCAACCUGUGAAAGUGCGAGUCAGUUAUCAGAAACUGCUCAAGUAUUUCGUGUUGAACGCUCUGAAGCACAGGCCGCCGAAGCCGCAGAAGAAGCGUUACCUGUUCCGUUCUUUCAAGUCGACCAAGUUCUUCCAGACGACCACGAUAGACUGGGUCGAAGCUGGCUUGCAGGUGUGCCGUCAAGGAUACAACAUGCUAAAUCUGCUGAUACACAGGAAGAACCUCAACUAUCUUCACUUGGAUUAUAAUUUCAACCUGAAACCCGUGAAAACGCUCACGACGAAGGAGAGAAAGAAGUCUCGUUUCGGCAACGCCUUCCAUCUAUGCCGAGAGAUCCUUCGCUUAACUAAACUCAUCAUCGAUUCUCACGUGCAGUAUCGUCUGAACAACGUGGACGCCUUCCAGCUCGCCGACGGCCUGCAAUAUAUUUUCGCGCAUGUGGGCCAAUUAACCGGCAUGUACCGCUACAAGUACAAGCUAAUGCGGCAGAUCAGAAUGUGCAAGGACUUGAAGCACUUGAUCUAUUACCGUUUCAACACUGGACCAGUCGGUAAAGGGCCGGGCUGCGGCUUCUGGGCGCCCGGCUGGCGCGUCUGGUUGUUCUUCAUGAGAGGCAUCACGCCGCUCUUGGAGAGGUGGCUCGGCAACUUGUUAUCCAGACAGUUUGAGGGACGACACUCGAAAGGCGUGGCGAAGACCGUGACGAAGCAGCGAGUGGAGUCGCACUUCGAUCUCGAGCUGAGAGCGUCCGUCAUGCACGACAUAGUUGACAUGAUGCCGGAGGGCAUCAAACAGAACAAAGCGCGCACAAUCCUGCAGCAUCUCAGCGAGGCGUGGCGAUGUUGGAAGGCGAACAUACCGUGGAAAGUACCGGGGCUGCCGAUCCCGAUCGAGAAUAUGAUACUGCGCUACGUGAAAAUGAAGGCCGACUGGUGGACCAACACCGCCCACUACAAUCGGGAGAGAAUUCGACGCGGCGCCACGGUGGACAAGACCGUGUGCAAGAAGAACCUGGGUCGCUUGACGCGUCUCUACCUGAAGGCCGAGCAGGAACGGCAGCACAACUACUUGAAGGACGGCCCGUAUAUAUCCCCGGAAGAAGCCGUGGCUAUAUUCACUACUUCGGUGCAUUGGCUGGAAUCCCGAAGGUUCGCGCCAAUACCUUUCCCGCCAUUGUCCUACAAGCACGACACUAAACUACUGAUAUUGGCGUUGGAACGUUUGAAGGAAGCCUAUAGUGUCAAGUCCAGGCUGAAUCAGAGCCAGCGAGAAGAGCUGGGUCUAAUAGAGCAAGCGUACGACAAUCCUCACGAGGCAUUGUCCAGGAUCAAACGACACUUGCUGACGCAGAGGUCUUUCAAAGAGAUCGGUAUCGAAUUUAUGGAUCUCUACAGCCACUUGAUCCCUGUAUACGACGUGGAGCCGUUGGAAAAGAUCACGGACGCCUACCUGGACCAGUACCUGUGGUACGAAGCCGACAAGAGGCGGCUAUUCCCACCAUGGGUAAAACCGGCCGACACGGAGCCGCCGCCGCUCCUCGUCUACAAAUGGUGUCAGGGCAUUAACAAUCUCCAAGACGUGUGGGACGUUAGCGAAGGCGAAUGUAACGUCCUGCUGGAGUCGAAAUUCGAGAAGCUGUACGAGAAGAUCGAUCUCACGCUGCUCAACAGACUGCUGCGUCUGAUAGUCGACCACAACAUCGCCGAUUACAUGACGGCGAAGAACAACGUAGUCAUCAACUACAAGGACAUGAAUCACACUAACAGCUACGGGAUUAUCAGAGGCCUGCAAUUCGCAUCCUUCAUAGCCCAAUAUUACGGGCUCGUGUUGGAUCUGCUGGUACUAGGCCUCCAGAGGGCCAGUGAGAUGGCCGGCCCGCCGCAGAUGCCGAAUGACUUCCUGACUUUUCAGGACGUCGCGUCGGAAACGGCGCACCCUAUCCGACUGUAUUGUCGUUACGUCGACCGCAUCCACCUGUUCCUGCGUUUUUCCGCAGAUGAUGCGAGGGAUCUUAUCCAGCGUUACCUCACAGAGCACCCUGACCCGAAUAACGAGAACAUCGUUGGCUACAACAACAAGAAGUGCUGGCCACGAGACGCUCGUAUGCGUCUCAUGAAGCACGACGUGAACCUAGGCCGCGCCGUUUUCUGGGAUAUCAAAAAUCGACUGCCGCGCUCCACCACUACUAUCCAGUGGGAGAACAGCUUCGUCAGCGUCUACAGCAAAGACAAUCCGAAUCUGUUGUUUAACAUGAGCGGCUUCGAGUGUAGAAUCUUACCCAAGUGUAGGACAACUCACGAGGAAUUCACUCACCGUGACGGUGUCUGGAAUCUGCAGAACGAGAUCACCAAAGAGAGGACAGCGCAGUGCUUCUUGCGCGUCGAUGAUGAAAGUCUACAGCGAUUUCACAAUCGGGUCCGGCAGAUUCUCAUGGCCUCGGGCUCGACCACGUUCACGAAAAUCGUCAACAAAUGGAACACCGCGUUGAUCGGUCUGAUGACUUACUUCAGAGAGGCCGUAGUGAACACGCAGGAAUUGUUAGACCUAUUGGUCAAGUGCGAGAACAAGAUCCAGACUCGUAUCAAGAUCGGACUUAAUUCUAAAAUGCCCUCUCGUUUCCCACCUGUAGUUUUUUACACGCCCAAGGAGCUGGGUGGCCUAGGAAUGUUGUCGAUGGGUCACGUGUUAAUACCGCAGUCCGAUCUGAGAUGGUCGAAACAAACCGACGUGGGUAUCACCCAUUUCCGUUCGGGCAUGAGUCACGACGAGGACCAACUAAUACCUAACUUGUAUCGCUAUAUACAACCGUGGGAGUCCGAGUUCAUCGACUCUCAACGCGUCUGGGCUGAGUACGCUCUGAAGCGGCAAGAAGCCAACGCGCAAAAUCGCAGACUCACCCUGGAGGACCUCGAGGAUAGUUGGGAUCGCGGUAUUCCCAGGAUAAACACGCUGUUCCAAAAGGAUCGGCACACACUCGCAUACGACAAAGGCUGGCGUAUUCGUACAGAGUUCAAGCAGUAUCAGGUGCUGAAGCAGAAUCCGUUCUGGUGGACUCAUCAGCGUCACGACGGCAAACUGUGGAACUUAAACAACUACAGGACCGACAUGAUCCAAGCGCUCGGUGGUGUCGAGGGCAUUCUCGAGCACACGCUCUUCAAGGGCACUUACUUCCCCACCUGGGAAGGUCUCUUCUGGGAGAAAGCGUCUGGUUUCGAAGAAUCGAUGAAAUACAAGAAACUAACAAACGCGCAACGCUCCGGUUUGAAUCAAAUCCCCAAUCGUCGGUUUACGUUGUGGUGGUCACCCACCAUCAACCGCGCAAACGUCUAUGUUGGCUUCCAGGUGCAGCUCGACCUGACGGGUAUAUUCAUGCACGGCAAGAUACCGACCCUGAAGAUCUCGCUGAUCCAGAUCUUCCGCGCCCACUUGUGGCAGAAGGUGCAUGAGUCGAUCGUGAUGGAUCUCUGUCAGGUGUUCGAUCAGGAACUGGACGCCUUGGAGAUUGAGACCGUGCAGAAGGAGACGAUUCACCCGAGGAAGUCCUACAAGAUGAAUUCCUCGUGCGCUGACAUACUCUUGUUCUCAGCCUACAAGUGGAACGUGUCGCGGCCGUCGCUGCUCGCCGACUCCAAGGAUGUGAUGGACAACACGACCACCCAGAAGUACUGGAUCGACGUACAGCUGAGAUGGGGCGACUACGACUCGCACGAUAUCGAGCGAUACGCGCGUGCCAAAUUUUUGGACUAUACCACAGACAAUAUGUCAAUCUACCCAUCGCCCACCGGUCUCUUGAUAGCCAUAGAUCUAGCAUACAACUUGCACAGCGCUUAUGGCAACUGGUUCCCUGGCUGUAAGCCGCUCAUUCAACAAGCCAUGGCGAAAAUCAUGAAGGCGAAUCCUGCUCUGUACGUGUUGCGCGAGCGCAUUCGCAAAGCUUUGCAGCUUUAUUCGUCUGAACCUACAGAGCCUUACCUCUCUUCGCAGAAUUACGGCGAGCUCUUCUCCAAUCAGAUCAUAUGGUUCGUCGACGACACCAAUGUGUAUCGUGUAACGAUCCACAAGACCUUCGAAGGUAACUUGACUACGAAGCCAAUCAACGGAGCAAUCUUUAUUUUCAAUCCGCGUACUGGUCAGCUCUUCUUGAAGAUUAUUCACACCUCGGUCUGGGCGGGUCAGAAACGUUUGGGUCAAUUGGCAAAGUGGAAGACCGCCGAAGAAGUCGCCGCUCUCAUUCGUUCCUUGCCCGUGGAGGAACAACCGAAGCAAAUUAUCGUCACCAGGAAAGGCAUGUUGGAUCCUUUGGAAGUGCACUUGUUGGACUUCCCCAAUAUAGUCAUCAAAGGAUCCGAGCUACAGCUGCCUUUCCAAGCAUGUCUCAAAGUGGAGAAGUUCGGUGAUCUCAUUUUGAAAGCGACCGAACCGCAAAUGGUGCUGUUCAAUCUAUACGACGACUGGCUGAAGACCAUCUCGUCGUACACUGCGUUCUCGCGACUGAUUCUGAUUCUACGCGCGUUGCACGUCAACACCGAGAGAACGAAGGUCGUUCUGAAGCCCGACAAGACCACCAUCACCGAGCCGCACCACAUAUGGCCGUCGUUGACGGACGACGAGUGGAUCAAGGUAGAAGUGCAACUCAAAGACUUGAUCUUGGCUGACUAUGGCAAGAAGAACAACGUCAACGUCGCGUCGCUCACCCAGUCUGAAAUCCGAGACAUUAUCCUGGGUAUGGAGAUCAGCGCACCGUCCGCUCAACGUCAACAGAUCGCCGAGAUCGAGAAGCAGACCAAAGAGCAAAGUCAGCUCACCGCCACCACUACGAGGACCGUGAACAAGCACGGCGACGAAAUCAUCACCGCGACCACGUCCAACUAUGAGACGCAAACGUUCAGCUCCAAGACUGAGUGGCGAGUGCGCGCUAUAUCUGCGACUAAUCUUCACCUCAGAACAAAUCACAUCUAUGUGUCGUCCGACGACAUCAAGGAAACCGGCUAUACUUACAUUUUGCCGAAGAACGUGCUGAAGAAGUUUGUUACCAUUUCCGAUCUGCGAGCUCAGAUCGCUGGCUAUCUAUAUGGCAUCAGUCCACCCGACAAUCCUCAGGUGAAGGAAAUUAGGUGCAUCGUGAUGGCACCGCAAUGGGGUACACAUCAGACCGUCCAUCUGCCGAACACAUUACCCAACCAUCAAUACCUGAAGGAGAUGGAACCCUUGGGAUGGAUACACACGCAGCCAAACGAGUUACCGCAACUUUCGCCACAGGAUAUAUCUACUCACGCCAGAAUUAUGGCGGAGAAUUCGAUCUGGGACGGCGAGAAGACCAUUGUUAUCACCUGCAGCUUCACUCCUGGUUCCUGCUCACUCACCGCGUACAAGCUGACACCGAGUGGUUUCGAAUGGGGCAAGCAAAACACAGAUAAAGGUAAUAAUCCGAAGGGCUACUUGCCCAGCCACUACGAAAAGGUGCAGAUGUUGCUGUCGGACCGCUUCCUCGGUUUCUUCAUGGUGCCCAGUCAAGGUUCUUGGAACUACAAUUUCAUGGGCGUGAGGCACGAUCCCAAUAUGAAGUACGAGCUACAGCUGGCGAACCCGAAAGAAUUUUACCACGAGGUGCACAGGCCAGCCCACUUUCUCAACUUCUCCAGCUUGGAAGAUGGCGAAGGCGUUGGCGCUGAUCGAGAAGAUAUGUUUGCGUAAAUUUGGAAAAUGUGUCUUUUCGGUUUAUCAAAGACUCAGCGAAGUUGUAGUAAAAAUAUCUGUUGCAACUUUGACUGCAGAAUGUGUCCAUUCGCGUGACGAUUGUAGCAGAGAAAGAGAGAAUAUCGUCAUCUUAUGAAUAUAUAAUUCUCAUGUAUUUCCUUACUUAGCAAAGUUCUGCUACAAGGUAUUGUAGCUGUAAGUUGUGAUUGUAUUAUAAGUUACAUUAAAGUAAAAUUUGUACACAAAAUCGUUGCAUAUAUUUCAUGUGUGCACGUAAAUUAUGCGCGACAUAUUUUAUUACUUAAAGGAAAAUAGAGUAAUAAAUCCGCAGUAACUUAGUAUUUAGUAAGUUGCAUCUAUUUAGUAAAUUGCAUCAGAAAUGAACGUGUGGUAAAAUAAAAAUAAAAAUUAAAACCGAAUAACGAUUACGUGAUAAUAUUUAUUACAUAUAACAAGUAAUCAUUUACAUUGCGAAACAAAUGCAUGUCUUAAAACCUUUUUAUCAUUAUUUUUAAUAUAGUAACAUGUGUGAUCCAUAUUUAUUCGUUCAAAAUAUAACCAAGCUCUCGUCGCUUUUUUAUCAGAAUUCUUUUGUUAUUUUAGAUGUAUAAGUUCCUGGAGCCAUGUUUAGUUCCAGAAAUUCUAGAUGCGUAAUCUUUUCAACUAGUUUGUUUUACGUUAAUACUGUUGAACUUAUAUUCGAGUCUACAUAUGACAGUUCGCUAUUUGUUUGCUUAAACACAUUUUUAAUUUAAUUGAAUCAUGUAAUUUGUGAUUUGGUCAUAACUGUCCUGAAGAAUAAUCAUUUCUGUUGCAAGCGCAUCAGAAUACGUCAACGAAAAUGUACUGAUUCCGACUAAUCUGAUUGUUAAGCGCAUGUUUCUACCUUGCGCUCAUUACCAUAAGGAUAAGCCAUUACUCUUAAUUGUCGAGAAAAUUUCACUCUAUCGUACAUCUCAACAUCUCGAUGUUCUAUUUGAAAGAAAAUCCGAACCAGUCAGUAAACACUAUCGGUACAUCACCAUUAUCGUUUUUCACUCAGCAAUGUAAGUAUGAUAAAACACAUAAUGUGCAUAACAAUUACAUUGUUGAGAAAGAUAUUAUAACACUGAUAUAACGUUA